AUGGCUAGUAGCUGGGUAGAUUGGUCCAAGACCACGCGGUCCAAGAACUACCGCGGCUCCAACUCCUUCGCGACCUUCAUGAUCAUUAGCCCUGUCUGCCUGUUUCUCGGGAUCCUCUUCGCGCAGUUCCCCUAUGACUUCCCGCUGCUGUGGACGUCCGACCCCGUCGAGCCGGCCUUCUUCGACCAGCUCGAGGCGCACCUUAAGCUGCUGCACCAGGCGCCGCCCCUGAUCGCGCGCAUGCUCAACAUCAUCAUGUCGGUGGGCUUCCUCGGCUUCUUCAUCAAGCUGUUCCGCCCCUCGGAGGCCAACGUGCUGUUCGACGGCGCCAGCCUCGUGCUGUACGUCAUCGGCGUCGGCAUCUACCUCUCCAACAUCGUCAAGGGCAUGCGCGCCGUGUCCGCCGGCCUCUGGCACCAGGAGGGCUGGAGCGGCAUCACCCACGAGGGCCCCGCCACCGGCGAGAUCAUCCUCGGCCGCGAGGACAGCCUCAAGGUCCUGGCCGCCAGCAACACCAUCCUGGCCCUCGUGCUGGUCGGCGUGCUGGUGCUGCAGGCCGGCCAGUGGUAUGCCGAGCGCAAGGAGCUCGACGACUUCGAGGCCGUCGAGAAGGAGGAGAAGGAGAAGGCCGCGGGCAGCAAGAAGAAGCAGUGA